AUGCCAAGCGUACCCACUAAAAUACAUACUCAUUUUGUUUUAGUUAGUAAAAAAGAGUUAAAAAAUCAUCACCCAGGGCCGAAAACAAGGGAAACAUGUCUGUAUUUGUCACAUGGUUACGCACUUAAAUAUCAUCAUUAUUGGCACCAUUGGAGUUUUAAAAAAGUUUAUUACCUUAAUGAGAAACUGUUUUGCAAGAAAACAUGUGAUCCAGCACAGAGAGGCUAUUUUAUGCUCGCAAUUCACAGCGCAUUUAUUUUCACAGCCUUUAAGACCAAAGCAGCUAAGUCAAAAUUCUGUCAUCGGUCUAGGCCAGAUACAAAAAUAUACAUAAAAGGGGCACUUUUUCGUCUGCAUGCAUGGGGAUUGGGACAAAUCACCGGUGAGGCAGAACACUUCAAAGAGAAGCUAAACCACGGUACAACUACGCAAGGUGCUCCGGCAUAUUAUUUGGCAAAUCGUAAUGCAGCAUCGUUUGAGACAGCAAACGCCCCAUUAUUUGUCGGUAAAUUAGUUGCCAAAGCUGGGUGA